UGGUCGAUUUCACUCGUCCGGCUUCUGAUUGGCUCGGAACUCCUCAACACAUUAAUCAAUUCCUCACAGACACGUGCUCGCUAGCGCUUCUGUUUCUGUAGUAAAGAAGACUUUGUGUUGUGUACGAGGGUGUAUGCUAGCUCUCCAAGAAUGUCAUUUCCCACAAUAAACUCUAUCCGCGUAGCAUUGGUGAGAAAAGCGAAGCGACACAGUUAUCGCUGAGCCUCUGAAUGUGCGCUGCCAAUCCCGUCACCCCGCGAUGCGAGCGCUCUAUUCAAGUCAUUUGAGAUAGUCUAUUGAGGGAGUUCAGACACUAGUAAGCUGUGCUCGCCGUGAAAUGGGUGCUUGUAUGUUUGACCACGCGGAGGUAUCGCUUAUGGAUAUUACAGAACUCACGAAACCUCACGGAAAUUACCGCAGUGGAAAAUUGACUUAAUCACUGUUGGCAUUAAGUGGAUACGGGCCCGCAGAAGGAGGGAAACCGACGCUAGAUUACCCACCGAUAUCUAUCCGAGUCGGCGGUGCACGUGAAAUAGACAGGCGAACGGCGUGCAAUUGUCAUGGAGCGAUUUAACUUGGAAAACACGUACCACGGGGAUUGUUUGUGAAAUCUACAUGUUGUGGAUCUGGUCUGCUAUGGAACCUUAAUGGUGCUAUAUUCUGUGGUUGUCCGUUUCAGUCAUGGAGUACCGCGUGGAUGUACUGCUUCUCAUAGCGUUCAUAUCGGAAACUAUAACAGCAAUUGGUAUAGAUCACAACUGGUCAACGCCCGUCCCCCUGCCUAGCUUCUUCCCCUCUCCAACAAACUUCACCUACACCGAAGGGGACCUCGCCAGACUGGAGUGCGCAAUCAACAAUCUCAGUACAAAAAAGGUCAUUUGGAGGAAAGGCUCGGAUCCGAACCCGCUCACCAUUGGAAAGAGGACAUUUGUAGACGACAAGCGAGUCAUCAUAGAACACACUCCUCUCCAUAGGAACUGGAACUUAUUGAUCAAACAAAUUCAGCUGGAUGACGAAGGCAUGUACGAGUGCCAGGUCAGCUCCAAGGCCAGACACUUGAGGCACCACGUGUAUCUAACAGUAUUACCAAGUGAAACACCGAUAAAACAGAAACCAGAUGACGUUCCCAAAACACACAAUGGCUCUGGUUUGAUAUAUGACAUCCGCAUCAGCGGGGAGAAGUACGUGGAGAAAGGCCAGAAGAUAAACCUCACAUGCAACGCCACAGGCGAAGAACAUCCCCCCGAUGACCUGGACUGGUUCAAAAAUGGGAAUAAACUUUCUUCCAGUAUCAAGGACCAGAUAGCUAUACAGAAACGUGUGUCUCUCACAACCCGGACCAUUGUAAGCAUUCUGCAGAUCAGCAAUGCCGGCCUGGACGAUGCCGGGGUGUAUAUAUGUAGGACAUCGGACCUACAGAUCACCAGCGCCAGAGUUAAUGUAUUAAAUGCUCACACGUACAACGUGAAAAGACACGAAAAGGACAAGAAUAAGGCUACAUCAGCCGCUUCUGGUGGUUCGCAGCUAGACAAUGGAACGCGAGCUAAUGCUGCAUACUCUGUAAGCCUCGUGUUCACAAGUGCAAUUUUCAUGUUUCUCAACAAUGUCACGUGAACAUUUACUCCACCUAUAAACUAAUGGUUGUAUAUCGUUGUCAUUCGUUGAUGAACAACUCAACAUCGCUCAAGCGCCACGGAGACGGAUUGGUCGAUGUUCCCUGUGUUCAGACAACACUGUUGUAAUAUUUGUGGUGACAAUGAGAUUGAAGUACAAAGCUUAACUCAGGGGAAAUGUGAUAAGCAAGAAUUAUGUCUUGAUUUGUUGAUGUCGUCAACAUGAACGCUGAUGUAUUCGCUUCCGAAAGAUGGCCUGUCGAAACAGAUGAUAUAGGAAGAUUCAAAGUGGGAUAUCUUGACACUAACAGUUUCAUGAUUUGUUUCUAAAGUGCAGUGUAUAUUUUAGAAAAGAAUCAAAUGAUAUUUUCAACGAUUGGUUAUCCAAUCAGUAGAACUAAACACAGGUGAAAGUUGGCUUCUUGAGCUUUCCUGUUUAAUGUGCUAUUACCACAAGUACAGAUUGCACAUCACAUUAUGACACAGUAUGUCUCAUCAGAUUGCACAUCAGCAUAUCAUCAGAGGUAUGUCCAACUCAGCGGCACCCAACCAGGAGAUCUGGAUCGAAAAUCAAGGAAUUCCACGGACAUUUUAUCAAUUGUUGUACAAACGAUGAAUGAUCUACUCUCCUUACGUGUCAUGCUUUAGGUAUACCUCAUAUCAUUUGUCAUUUGGUCAUAUCGUGAUAUCACCCAGACAGUGUUGUCAAGCGAUGUACAAGCCACCAACACUGCCAAGCCAUGAAGGAACCCGUGGAGGGAUGGCAGUCUGUGUAAUUCCCGAAACAGUAUUUGUGGUGGCGCUUACAGUACAUUUACAGACGCUCUUGUACAUAAUAGGCGGGCCUGCCCAUCACUGUCAGAUAGAGAUGUACAUAUGAUUCCUGCUUAUUUAUGACCGAUGAUGUCUCAUCUAUGAAGAAGGUUCUAAUGUAUGUAUAUAUUAGUAACUGAACGGGGUGUCGAGAUGCAUAAUCAUGUUUCAGAGACCAUAUUAACACAUUAUGGAUAACACAUUCUGCACAGCGUGAAAUCCCACUAUUUAUGAAAGUCUGUAUAUAUCACGUGUAUUCAAUCAGGUGUUGUGUUCACGUCCAAGAUUGUGAAUCAGCCAUGUUUCCAAAUCAGUUCAUCCUUACUUCACUACUGUGUUAGUGGUACUUGACUUUGUUGGAAACUUAAAUGCAUCUGUCAUGUCCAGCAUACUAUCUAAAUGAUGCAUGUACUCUAGGAUUUAUUUGAGGCUAUAGGUGUAUUUAGUUAACGAUAUAAGUGCGAUCAUGUACACCUUCAUUUGUAUAUGUUGCAUAAGAAGGUCGUGCUAUGUACGGUCGAUCUCUCCAAGAAGCAAAUCCGUUUCAUGUCUCUGGCGCCUUCGUCACAAAUGUUAAACUGACUUCCUGACUUCAGACAGUAUCACCCAAAUCAUUCAAGUACAUUGCAGUCAACAUCGAGAACAAUUAGGACGUGAUACAAUAUGACAUGGCCAUUACAUUGAUCACUGUACAUUGUUCGGAAACAAUAUCACAAACGACGAUGACUAGACGUUACUAAACAGGUUGAAUUAUCUUUCAUCAACCAUGACAUCUUGUCAGUCAUCUGCUAUUAAAAUCUAUAUUAUCACCUACAUUUCCCCCUUGUCUUAUGUGAUAUCAUUACCUCCGACACACCACUAAAGGAGGAUCAGAUAGAGAGACCUCAGCACUCUCUUCUCAGAUCUGUCGCUGAAGUGCUGUUACUAUAUGCAGUCAACUCUGAAAGAACACAACUACACACACACACACACACACACACACACACACACACACACACACACACACUCUCUCUCUCUCUCUCUCUCUCUCUCUCUCACACACACACACACACACUUUCCCGGCUUUGUGCUAACAUAUUAUUUUCAAUCAUUCAAGUGGCAUAUUAUGUCUGUUUUUUAAACUGGCGCAUUGAUAGUAGGUUAAUAAUAAUAUCAUGAUGUGAACCAAUCGAACAUCGGGUCUGCUGGCUCUUGCUGGCUCUUGCUGGCGCUUCUGAUAGAUGAAAUUAGACUAUACACACACCAGCCUAACCCUGGUUCGCCACGGAGUCAUUCUUUGUAUAUAAAUAUUUAUAUUAUAUGAAUAUUUAAUAAACAUUAGAAAUACAAAAUAAGCAUUUUGU